GUGGCCGCGCCCGAGGACGGCUCCGCGCCCCCCGCGGCCGCGCGGGUGAAGGUGACUCUGCUGCCACGGAAGUUGGUGGUGGCGCUGGAGGUCGCCAACGCAGCGGAGGAGGACGCGGAAGGGCCCCGCCCGCCGCUGCGGCUGCCCCCUUGCGGCCUCCGCG